GGACUAUGCCACGGAUCUCCUGUGGUCUCCAUUUUUCUUUUUCGGUUUCAUUUUACUCGGAUCGUCGCCUCCGGACUUCCCCUGAGACCUGGGGAUGGCGAAGAAAGUACCUGUACGACGUCCACCGCAUUUUCCAGCCCCUGCGAGACACGGCGAUGUGACCUGUCCGAUAACGUCCCUCUUCCCCGGCCAACUAUUGAGACAUCCCUUGCAAAGUGUCGAGAACGUGGACGACGAUGAUCACCGACUAGCUUCACUUGCCGUCGUGGGGCGUCAUUUCGGAUCAACGUUGAGGCGGGCCGUUUGGCUGCAGAAAAGCGUCGAGCAUCGAGAAGGCCAUCGUCGGCAGGAGUUCUUUCAUGCAGGCUGGCUGGCUGCUCCCUCCGUCCUCCUUCCUUUCUCCCUGCUCCAUGGAUUGUGCCGGCGGCCUUUGAUCUCAGCUGCUGUCGGGUGGCUCUCCGGUGUUGACUCCUACCGUCCCAAACGACUCCAGCGCCCCAGGGGUUCCUGGUGUUUUGCACAGGCUCCAGUUUAUUUAUUAAACGGUCUAUUUUUGCGCAUUCGCCGCGUUCUCGCCCAACCACCACUACGCCCAACUCUUCUAGUCGGUCUUUACUCUCGCCUACGUCGGUCGCAGCUGUCUCCAAUCGUCUGCUCCGUAUACACUCGUUUCCCGUCGUCGCCUACAACGCACCGUUCAUUCACUGCCCCCUUUUUCUUUGGCCCGUCGUUUCUUUCACCUUUUCACUCUCGUUCGCUUAUCGCCUCGAAAGCGCUUCCACCGAUCCCGACUCCUAAUUAAUCCGCCGCCCAGUCCAUUCACAAUGGCUUCGCCGUCUCUGUCGGACCUGGAGCAGCGGAAUCGUCUCCCGACCCUGUUCGAGGUCCUGAGUCGUCGAACGCUGGCUCCGGUCGAUCUCUUUUCGUUCUAUAUUUACAUGCGGGACCAGAAGCGCUCGGUGGACUACCUGGAUUUCUGGUAGGUCCUUGAAUGACCUGGAGUCGUUGCGGCCCGGUCGCAUCUCACCACUAACCCCAACU